AGCCUCUGUUAUAUAAGAAGGCGUAAUACAGAGCAGACAGAACCGCGAGAUAAAGAGGACACGAAACGCAGCAGCACAACCCAAAGUGACAGGGUCCUACUGGGCACAUGGAAGUCACCAUGAAGAUGCUGGUGGUCCUCACUCUGCUGGGGCUAUUGGCCAGCUGCCUCGCCCUGCAAGGUGAUGACCCUCCGGCCCAAGACUCAAGAGAGUGGCUAAAUAAUCAAGAGGUGAUGAUGUCACGGAGAGCAGCAAACGCCGUCAUCAAGAGGCACCGGCGCUCCUAUGACUAUUUAGAAAGGUUCUUCCCGCGAACAAAAUCUUCCCUGGAGAUAAAAAUGGAGCAGUGUGAGAACUACCGGCCCUGCGACCAGAUGUCCGAGUGGGUGGGCUUUUACACCGCCUAUCAGAGAUACUUCGGACCUGUGUGAAUGGGGGCGUGACGCUGACCCCACUGUGUCACUGCCAGGACCCUUAGGAAAGCCAAAUAAAAGAAAGACACAAUAUAUCUGACCCUACACCCCUGUGCUAUGCUUUAUAUAUGUGACCCUACAACCCUGUGCUAUGCUUUAUAUAUGUGACCCUACAACCCUGUGCUAUGCUUUAUAUAUGUGACCCCUACACCCCUGUGCUAUGCUUUAUAUAUCUGACCCCUACACCCCUGUGCUAUGCUCUAUAUAUGUGACCCCUACACCCCUGUGCUAUGCUCUAUAUAUGUGACCCCUACACCCCUGUGCUAUGCUUUAUAUAUGUGACCCUACAACCCUGUGCUAUGCUUUAUAUAUGUGACCCUACACCCCUGUGCUAUGCUCUAUAUAUCUGACCCCUACACCCCUGUGCUAUGCUCUAUAUAUCUGACCCUACACCCCUGUGCUAUGCUUUAUAUAUCUGACCCUACAACCCUGUGCUAUGCUUUAUAUAUGUGACCCCUACACCCCUGUGCUAUGCUUUAUAUAUCUGACCCCUACACCCCUGUGCUAUGCUCUAUAUAUGUGACCCCUACACCCCUGUGCUAUGCUCUAUAUAUCUGACCCCUACACCCCUGUGCUAUGCUUUAUAUAUCUGACCCCUACACCCCUGUGCUAUGCUCUAUAUAUCUGACCCUACACCCCUGUGCUAUGCUUUAUAUAUCUGACCCCUACACCCCUGUGCUAUGCUCUAUAUAUCUGACCCCUACACCCCUGUGCUAUGCUCUAUAUAUCUGACCCUACACCCCUGUGCUAUGCUCUAUAUAUCUGACCCUACACCCCUGUGCUAUGCUCUAUAUAUCUGACCCCUACACCCCUGUGCUAUGCUUUAUAUAUCUGACCCCUACACCCCUGUGCUAUGCUCUAUAUAUCUGACCCCUACACCCCUGUGCUAUGCUCUAUAUAUCUGACCCCUACACCCCUGUGCUAUGCUCUAUAUAUCUGACCCCUACACCCCUGUGCUAUGCUCUAUAUAUCUGACCCCUACACCCCUGUGCUAUGCUCUAUAUAUCUGACCCCUACACCCCUGUGCUAUGCU